CCCAUUUCCUUCCUUCCUUCCUGCGGACCAUGUUCGCCAAAGGCAAAGGCUCGGCGGUGCCCUCGGAUGGGCAGGCGAGGGAAAAGCUAGCGUUGUACGUCUACGAAUACUUGCUACACGUAGGAGCACAGAAAUCAGCACAGACCUUUCUAUCAGAGAUCCGAUGGGAAAAAAACAUCACGCUAGGAGAGCCUCCUGGGUUUCUACACUCGUGGUGGUGUGUAUUUUGGGACCUUUACUGUGCAGCUCCUGAAAGGCGAGAUACUUGUGAACACUCAAGUGAAGCAAAAGCCUUUCAUGAUUACAGUGCAGCUGCAGCGCCAAGUCCGGUACUUGGAAACAUUCCUCCAAAUGACGGAAUGCCAGGAGGACCCAUUCCUCCAGGUUUCUUUCAGGGACCGCCUGGCUCUCAGCCCUCGCCACACGCACAGCCUCCACCUCACAACCCCAACAGCAUGAUGGGACCCCACAGUCAGCCUUUUAUGUCACCAAGAUACGCAGGAGGUCCCCGGCCCCCUAUCAGAAUGGGAAACCAGCCUCCAGGGGGUGUUCCUGGUACGCAGCCCUUGCUGCCCAACUCAAUGGACCCCACACGACAACAAGGGCAUCCCAACAUGGGAGGACCAAUGCAAAGGAUGAAUCCUCCACGAGGAAUGGGACCCAUGGGUCCGGGUCCACAGACUGAUCCUUGGUUAUCAUUGCAGAACUAUGGCGGCGGAAUGAGACCUCCACCCAACUCUCUAGGGCCCGGCAUGCCUGGGAUUAACAUGGGUCCGGGAGCUGGUAGACCAUGGCCCAAUCCCAACAGCGCUAACUCCAUUCCAUACUCUUCUUCAUCACCUGGUACAUACGUGGGGCCCCCUGGCGGCGGAGGUCCUCCUGGAACACCCAUCAUGCCUAGCCCUGCAGAUUCGACAAAUUCAAGUGACAACAUCUACACAAUGAUUAAUCCCGUACCGCCUGGAGGCAGUCGGUCGAAUUUCCCAAUGGGACCUGGAUCAGAUGGCCCAAUGGGAGGCAUGGGUGGGAUGGAACCCCAUCACAUGAAUGGCUCAUUAGGGUCAGGAGACAUAGAUGGACUUCCAAAAAAUUCUCCAAACAACAUAAGUGGCAUUAGCAAUCCUCCAGGCACUCCACGAGAUGAUGGUGAACUGGGAGGCAACUUCCUCCAUUCCUUCCAAAAUGACAAUUACUCUCCCAGCAUGACGAUGAGUGUCUGAUUUCCCUCCUCCUUCACCCCACAUCCUCUUCUCCAGGAUAAAGAAAAAGUCGGCUGCCAUUUGGAGGAUCUCAAGAAAUUAUGCAAGAAGAGAAGCUAGGUGUGUGUGUUUGGCAGGGAGACCUCCAGAGCCGGGGACCCACCCCCUGAAUUUUUUGGUUUCAUGCAAUAAAAAGGCUGAACUUUUUAUUCCAUAAAACAAUGAAGGACAAAUCUUUAAAAAAUAUUUCAAGACAAGACAAGAUCCUUCUUCUUUCUGCAGAAGGGUUUAUUCUAUGUACAUGACACUUUUUUUGUUGUUGAUUUUUUGGAAAGCAAAACGAAAGCCUCUCUAGCACCCCAAUUCCAACCUCCUUUGCUUGAUUAUUCUUUCAAACCUGUUGUAUGUUUGUGCUGUGCUACGCAAGGAAGCUAGUCUAGGUAUGAAAUCUCAUGUUGUCUCUGUAGCCAUUGAAAAAUAAAAUAAAAUAAAAACUGGACAGGUUUUUUUUUAAGAAAAGAAGAAAUCGGUGGGGUGUGUUCAGAAGGCCUUUUCCCUUCCCUCGGCCCCAAUUCUUUUUUGUUUGUUUAUUUGGUUCGUCUUUCUCAGUUCGGUGUUUUUGCAGCACAACGCUUUUCUCCAGCGGGAAGAUCCAAAUGGAAAAAGAGAAUUUCUCUGCCUCAUUCUCAGUUGUAGAAUGCAGUUGGUCCCCUUGUAGGAUCACAUCCUCCAGAAAUACGAUCCUUACCUUGAUAUCUGUGACUGUGGCAUGCACUGUAUUAGCCCUUCCUCCCCAAAAUUGCAAAGAUGUGUUAUGAACUGACCUUUUUUUUCUUCAAAACUGCAAGAAAAUCCCAUAGGGUGGGUGGGAUGGGUUGGGGAUUGGGGUUUGGGGGGAUUUUUUAAAAAACAAAAAACCGAUAGGGAGGUAUCAGUUCACCAGAAAUGAAAAGAAAAAGGCGUUAAAACUUGACCUGGGACUCUAAAACUGUGAGCGCAAACUUCUUAACAUCUGUUCUGUUUUUUGUUUAUGUUUAUGUUUGGUUAGUUUCAAUGAAAUGAUGUGAUCUUAUUAGGGUUUCACUGUAUAUGCUCUGGAACUGGAUGGAGAUAUUUUUAAGUAAUUAUUGUUGUUAAAAUGUAUACUUGCUAUUCUGUAGGCUCUCUCUCCCUCCUUCCCUCCAACUCUGUAAUUAAAAACAAAACUUUAAAAAAAGCCACAACCUUACCUUCUCAUGGUAGAGGUGACUACAGAAAAGCAUACCAUGUAUAGUGAAACUCGCAAGUCUUGGGAUCUCUGUACAUUACACUCCCUUGUAGCUGGUCUUUGUUUUAUAUAAAAAGGAGAGAAAAAAAACCCUUCACUUCUGAUCUAUGUAUUUCAUAUUAUGUAAAAUAUUAUCCUCCCCUGGAUUUACCUACCUUUGUGCGGAUUCUUGAGAACAUUGUAUCUUGUUUCAGUGUUUUUUCUUACCUUGUAGUCUGGUUCUAAAAUUUAAGCGAGGGAAAAGAAAAGUAAUUAUUAUACAUUGUAGUUUGUGUACGAUAUUUGUUGAUAAUGUUUUAUUAAAGGGAUGUCUUUUUUCCGCACCCCUUAACGAAAU